CAGCUUUCAUUUGCAUCCAAAGGCCAAGGAAUAUAAAAACGUCCCGAGAGAGAAAGAGAGCCCGCCUCAAGUCUCCAUCGAACCUCGCGGCGCGUGAGAUCCCAAUCAGCAGCAAUGGCUUCAGCCAAGACGGUGCUAUCGGUAAUCGCAGCAACAGUGUUACUCACCUCUCUAGUCUGGAAACUCACAUCUGCAUCCUCCGCUUCUUCCGCCGACUCUGUCGAUUUCAUUAAGAAGACCAUAUCCUCCAACAAGAUCGCCAUCUUCUCCAAGUCCUACUGCCCAUACUGUAGAAGGGCAAAGGCGGUUUUCAAAGAGUUGAAACAGGUGCCGUAUGUGGUUGAGCUUGAUGAGAGAGUUGAUGGCAGGGACAUCCAAGAUGCUUUAAGUGAGAUUAUUGGGAGGCGUACUGUACCACAGGUGUUUGUAAAUGGAAAGUAUAUUGGAGGAUCUGAUGAUACUGUUGCAGCAUAUGAAAGUGGAGAACUGGCUAAGCUUCUAGGCCUUGAGGUCAGGCGUAAGGAUGAUCUGUAAACACUAAACAGAGUCACCAGCAACCAGAAACUUGCAAUUUAUUUCUUAGCGAAGUUGAAUGCACCGUUGUAAAAUAACUCCGUCACUAUCAAUUGGGGUAUGAUAAUUUACAAAAGAUGCUUCAUUCUUCAUUUGUAAAAUUGCUUAAUGUACUUCGUUGUGAUAUUUAUAUGCAGUAGUUUACAGAAGAGCAUGAUACCACUCAUACCAGUAAUGCUAUUCCCUAAUGUUAUUGAACCCCUAGCGCCCAUGUUACUCGAAA